UUUACAAAAGGUAAUAUUCUAUUCUAAUUAUUUUAAUCGCUAGUAUAUAUAAUCUGAGGAGAAUCUCUUUCGUACCCUUCGAUCUCACUGCUCUCCCUCCCUCCCUCUCUCUCUCUCUCUCUGUGUUUGUUUGCUGCGAGAAAAUACCGUGGCCUCGUCUCCCCUGGGCUUCGGAUUCGAAGAAACCCUAAUUUGGCGGGCUGGAGGGGAUGAGAUCUCGAUGGUUCGGGACCGAGCGCCAUCUCUCGAUCUCUUCCGGGGCUCGCGGACGCAGUUUCCUUGGCAGGAUUUCUGGAUUUUUGGGUAAUUAGGUGCGAUUGAAGGGAGCUAUGGAUUCUGGUGAGGUCGAAGAGAAUCUGUUUGCACCCGGUGAUUCAAAGUUGCAUGGCGGCAUGUGUAAACAACUUUCUGCAAUUGUUUGUAAAGUUUUGGGGAUCUUUCCAGUCUUGGAGGAUGCAAGACCUAGAAGCAAGUCUGGUUUACAGGCACUAUGUUCAUUGCAUGUAGCUCUCAACAAGGCCAAGGGCCUUCUUCUGCAUUGCGCAGAAUGCAGCAAGCUUUACUUGGCUAUAACUGGGGAUUCCAUUCUUAUGAAAUUUGAGAAGACAAGAUGUGCUCUCCAAGAAAGUCUUCGGCGUGUUGAAGACAUAGUUCCUCUAGCCAUUGGUUGUCAGAUCAUGGAACUUGUUACUCAGCUGGAGGGCGCUGUUUUUAUUUUGGAUCCAUCAGAGAAGCAAGUAGGCGAGGAAGUAAUCACAUUGCUUCGAAAGGAAAAACAAUUUAAUGGUGAUUCCAAUGAUGGCAUUGAGCUUGAAAUUUUCCACCAAGCUGCUUUAAAGCUGGGCAUUACUUCAGCGAGAGCAGCUCUUACUGAGAGAAGAGCUCUCAAGAAGCUGAUUGAAAGAGCCCACGCUGAGGAAGACAAUAGGAAGGAAUCCAUUGUGGCUUACUUAUUGCAUCUCAUGAGAAAAUACUCCAAACUUUUCAGAAGUGAGAUGCCAGAUGACACCGACUCUCAACGAUCUGCUCCUUGUUCACCUACUGUCCUAGGCUCUCUUGAGGGUGUCAAUAUGAACAACCAAGCUUUUGAGGGGCAGCUAACCGAAAGUUCUUUCGAUUUUAAGCAUCAUGAGGUGAAAUCAGGAAACAUGUCAAUACUGCCUGAGGAGUUCCGAUGCCCGAUCUCCCUACAACUCAUGUAUGAUCCCGUCAUUAUUUCGUCUGGGCAGACAUAUGAGCGUGUCUGCAUCGAGAAAUGGUUUAAUGACAGGCAUAGUACUUGCCCCAAAACCCAGCAGCAGCUCUCCCAUCUCUCUUUAACUCCAAACUAUUGUGUCAAAGGCCUGAUUGCUAGUUGGUGUGAACAGAAUGGUGUUCCAGUUCCAGAUGGUCCACCAGAAUCUCUUGAUCUGAACUAUUGGAGGCUGGCUUUAUUAGAGCAAGAUCCUACGAAUUCCAGAUCUACAGGGACCAUUGACUCCUGCCAGAUGAAGGGUGUGAAGGUGGUCCCAUUGGAGGAGAAUGCUGCAAUAGAGGAACCCAAAGUGGAUGAGAGGGACAGUUUGGAAAAUGGCCCAUGUGAGGACCAUGAAGUGGAUGAGCUUGAAAGAAAUGAAGGCUUGCUAACUGUGCUCAAUGAGGGUAAUGAUAUUGGAAAACAACACAAAGCUGUGGAGCAGAUAAGGUUUAUAUUGAAGGAUGAUGAGGAGGCAAGGUUCUAUAUGGGUGCGCAGGGCUUUGCUGAGGCACUUGUCCGUUUUUUGAAGUCAGCUAUCUGUGAAGGAGAUGAGAGAGCUCAGGAGGUUGGAGCAUUGGCACUUUUCAACCUUGCUGUCAACAAUAACAGGAACAAAACAAUGUUGCUAUCUGCUGGGGUGGUACCCCUGCUCGAGGAUAUGAUUCGAAACUUUGAGACUUGCGAGGCAGCUACCGCUCUCUUACUCAAUCUCUCCUGCCUUGAUGAGGCCAAACCUGUCAUUGGGUCAAGUGAAGCUGUCCCUUUCCUGAUCCAGUUCCUAGAGGCCAAUAACUCUCGAAGCUACUCCUGCAAGCAUGAUGCCCUCUACGCCCUAUUCAACUUGUCUACUCACCCCCCAAACAUCCCUUACCUCCUUCCAUUUGGCAUCAUCGAACAACUCCAAUCUCUCCUUACAGCUCCUGCAGGACCUUCAAGCUACACAUGGGUUGAGAAAGUCCUUGCUGUCUUCAUAAACCUAGCUUCAAACACUGCAGCAAAGAAACAUAUAAUAUCAGCCCCAGGUUUGAUCGGUUCGAUUGCUGCAGUCUUGGACAAUGGUGAGCCCACUGAGCAAGAGCAGGCAGUGUCAUGCCUCCUAAUUCUGUGCAGUGACAACGACAUGGAAGAGGGGGUGAUACCAGCGUUAGUGUUGGUGGCAGCAAAUGGAACGCCAAGGGGGAAGGAGAAAGCACAGAAGCUUCUCCAGCUGUUUCGGGAGCAGCGGCAGCGUGAGAUGUCCCCUGUCCGGACUCAGCUGCAUGAGGUGCAUUCAGCAGUGACUGUUGGGAUUGGUGGUGGUGGGGAUGAUGGAGGUAAGGAUGCAUCUGAGUUUAGAUCAAGAUCCAAGAGGUUUGGUAGGGCAUUGAUAUCAAUGUGGAAGUACAAGAACCGGUCUCGGCAUCAACACUAGAAUGUAUCUCAAUGCCUCUGUAAAUUGUUGAUGUAAUUUUAGUCUGCUUCUUCCUUCUUCUCUGAAAGUUUCUCUCCUCCUGUGGAAUAUUUCCUUGCCUAGGAAGAAGUCCCAGAUAGAUGUACAGGCCUCCCAAGUUUUGGAAUUUAUUCUGAGUCCUUUGGUUUUCUGCCUCUUUUUGGUCCUUGUGUGCUGGCUCCGAUGAAUUCCCUGUAUAUAUUUAUGAUAUUGGAAAGACGCAACCACAU